AUUUCAUUCGAGGAGCAGCAGGCCGAGCCGAGAGGUCAGUCGGCCACCAGAGGCAGAAUGAGCAACAUCAUUGUGAUUUCGAGUGACGAAGCUAGCGACGCAGAGUGCCACGUGGACCCGCCAUCUGAAAGUUAUUUUUCUCUCGCCAACUCCCUCAAGCCUGUGAGUUCUUCAGCUCCGACAAGAUUCGUUCGGGCUACGGAUCUGAAACCAAGUGUGUGGCAGAGCGACGAGAGCAAGUCGUUCGCCGCGGUGACGCCAGUCCAGCCCGGGACGCAUCUGAACAAGCGCACCACUGAGAAACAAGAUUCAGUCUCUCUGUGCCCAGUGUGCUUUAAACGGCUUUGCCGUCCGUUUCGCCUCCGCUCGCACGCGGAGUCUCAGCACGGGAUCGCCCAGGGCUCUGAACGGCUUCGGAAGUUUCUAGAAGCUAGUCGCAGGCUGACGAAACGAGGGGUCAGGAAAACAACGUUGCGAGCCGUUCGUCGAAGCCUGGGGCACAGGCUCAGGCUGAACAAGUUUGCUCUCCGAGGCGCAGUGAGGGCGUUACGUGGGCACAUGUAUUCUCUCGGAGCGGAGAAGAAGAGGGACGCAACAAAGCCAGGGAAAACAGGCAAACCCCGCCGAUCCGAAGUCAACCACGCUGUCAAGUCUCGCUCUCCGAAGCCUAAGUGCCGCGUGCCGCUGCUGGAAGACUUCAAGAUUGUUCAGCUUAGGGCCGGAAUAAGCCAGGCCACGGCCACUUCACGGGCACUCCAUGUGGCGAGGUUUCUGGAGUAUGCAAGGAGUCGCUUCGGCGAGACGGACCUCACCAGCGUGUUUGAAAACGUCGAUCUGCCUGGCGACUUCGUCACCUUUUUGCGAGAACUUCCAAUGCAGCCAAUCACCGUGGCUCAUAUAUGCAGUUCCCUCAACGUCUUCAUCCUUGAGUGCACUUCCACGCGCUCGCUGAGAGAUCAAGUUUGCCACAGCACGCAAAAGCGGCGCCGACUUAAAGACGCAGCAGAAGUAUGGAGACAACUGCGGAAAAAGUGUGACGCCGUGGCCAACAGAGAACGGCGGCUGAAACUGUCAGGCAAGCCGGUGGACGACAAGGUCCCCUUACGAACACUAUUCAGCUUUCUCUCCGAGUCCCUUGAAGAGAUAGAGACGAGCAUUGAUUCGCUCAGCGCCCCAAACUGUAAGCACCUUGAGCCCCCGUGUAGGAUUAUUAAUGCUUGGGUUGUGCUGCUGUGUGCACUCGCUGGGAAAAGGCUGUGUGAGGCUCUUGCCCUCCGCGUGAGUGAGAUCCGGGCCGCGGAAAGGCGCGAUCUGGAGUUUGUCGUGCGGAUUGCGGGGGGAAAAAAUGCUAACCACUCAUGCACAUUCUUGGUGCUUAAUUCUGUGUCAUACCGACUACUUUCAAAGCUUGCAGACAUCAGGGAAUCUCAAGGGCAGGAUUUCUUGCUCAGAACUUCUACUUUGGGGAAACCGAGCAAUGCCAUUUUAGGACCAGUUUGGAAGAGGUGCAGUUUAGAGCCAUUCACGGUCAACGAUCUGCGUAAGAUCGUAGAGUCGCACAAAUUUCUCCUCGCUGGGACAGCUGACAGCAGUGCGGCAAACGCGGUAAUUCCAAUGUAUUUGGGGCAUAAUACAGCUGUCGCUGCAAAGUUUUACACUCUUAAGUCCGCUGAGAGCAUAAUUGCUGCUCACCGACUUCUGAAUGGCUUACUAUUUCAGAUCGUAGUGAUUCAGGGUCUCGGGGAACAAGUUCUGGAACAUUCGUCAAAAGUUAUGACCAAAGAAGAACUUGCAAAAGAGUUAGAAAGUUGCUGGGAGAACGCUUUCCUCCGCGUUUCGCCUGUCACAGAAUGCACUCUGAACACUGUUGUCUCACGGCUUAGAGAGAGGGCAAGAAUACAACUUGUAAAAGAUACACUUGAAUCGUACAGAGCCUGGCUUCGGGGCCCGGAGGUUAAUUCUACAUCAACUGUCAAAGACUUUCUUCCCUCUAAAUUGCCUUUUCCACUUAACGACACUGACAGACAAAGUUUGUAUUGUGAACUUCAAGGUAGCAAUGUAAAAUAAAGAUGUUGGGUACUCAAA